UCAUCAUUAUCAAGAUAAUAUUGAAACCCAAGAAAUUUCACAAUUCGUCAUUAUCAAGAUAAUAUUGGAACCCAAGAAAUUCCACAAUUCGUCAUUAUCAAGAUAAUAUUGAAACCCAAGAAAUUUCACAAUUCGUCAUUAUCAAGAUAAUAUUGAAACCCAAGAAAUUCCACAAUUCGUCAUUAUCAAGAUAAUAUUGGAACCUACGAAAUUCCACAAUUCAUCAUUAUCAAGAAAGAGGAUUGAUUGAUUCAUCGAUAUAAGAAGUGAUCCCAUUCCAUGGUUUCGAUCUACCCACUCCACGUUACGAAUCACCUCUUUCCGUAGAUCCCAAGCCCUCAAUCUGUCUCCUUGGAAUUUUUACAAGAAAAUGUGAAUAUAAAAAUAUUGAUUAAACUGAAAAUAAAAUAUGCUUUCCAUUAAGAACACCGUGGAGACACAAUCACUGAACAAACUGAUGAGUUAAUCGGCUAGACCUUGUAAAUUCAGGAGUCUUAAUGGCGGGAUUUUUCUGUUAGAAAGAUGGGCACCAAAUGUGUGGAGGAAAUCUCUGGCACCUGGUUCCUGUUAAUACAGAAGACCUAAUGGUGAGCUUUGUCUUUUUAGAGCGUUUGUUAAGUAUUAUCAGCAGAAUGAGUAUCAAAUGUCUGGAGGAAAUGUUUUCAGGAAGUUUUAGGAUGAAAAAGGUUGACGGUAAUCUCUGGCACCUAGUUCAUGUUAAAACAGAAGACCUAAUGGUGAGCUUUGUCUUUUUAGAGCGCUUGUUAAGUAUUAUCAGCAGAAUGAGUAUCAAAUGUCUGGAGGAAAUGUUUUCAGGAAGUUUUAGGAUGAAAAAGGUUGACGGUAAUCUCUGGCACCUGGUUCCUGUUAAUACAGAAGACCUAAUAGUGAGCUUUGUCUUUUUAGAGCGUUUGUUAAUUAUUAUCAGCAGAAUGAGUAUCAAAUGUCUGGAGGAAAUGUUUUCAGGAAGUUUUAGGAUGAAAAAGGUUGACGGUAAUCUCUGGCACCUGGUUCCUGUUAAUACAGAAGACCUAAUAGUGAGCUUUGUCUUUUUAGAGCGUUUGUUAAUUAUUAUCAGCAGAAUGAGUAUCAAAUGUCUGGAGGAAAUGUUUUCAGGAAGUUUUAGGAUGAAAAAGGUUGACGGUAAUCUCUGGCACCUGGUUCCUGUUAAUACAGAAGACCUAAUAGUGAGCUUUGUCUUUUUAGAGCGUUUGUUAAGUAUUAUCAGCAGAAUGAGUAUCAAAUGUCUGGAGGAAAUGUUUUCAGGAAGUUUUAGGAUGAAAAAGGUUGACGGUAAUCUCUGGCACCUGGUUCCUGUUAAUACAGAAGACCUAAUAGUGAGCUUUGUCUUUUUAGAGCGUUUGUUAAGUAUUAUCAGCAGAAUGAGUAUCAAAUGUCUGGAGGAAAUGUUUUCAGGAAGUUUAAGGAUGAAGAAGGUUGGCGAUAAUCUCUGGCACCUAGUUCAUGUUAAAACAGAAGACCUAAUGGAAGUUUUAGGAUGAAAAAGGUUGACGGUAAUCUCUGGCACCUGGUUCCUGUUAAUACAGAAGACCUAAUAGUGAG